CCAAUCGCUGCUGUCAAGUUCCUUCGAGGGCAUGGUAGAAAGCAGGAGGGCAGGCAUGGAGGAGAAGGGGUGUCCGGGCUUGUCAUAUUGGAGCAGCUGAAGAGCUCAUCUGAGCAGAUCCCUGUCCAUUCUUCUCGUGGAGAGUUGUCAUCUAGUUCAUGAUCAGACUCUCUCAAAGAGCAAUUUGCUAAUAUGUCCGGGUUAGCCUUUUGCCAGCUCCGCACGUUACAUAGGACUGCUUUGCUGCUAGCAUCUACACAGAGAUCAGGCCCUGAACGAUGUCCAUCCCAAAGAGACUGUUUUGGUUCUAGAAGGACCGUGUGUAUUUCCGCCAUAUCACAGCCAGAAGGCGAGCCUCUAGCAGGGAAAGAACAGAGACUGCUGAAUAACAUUUAUGGAGGUCUAGUAAAUGGACAAAGAGCCUGCCUGGCUGAAGCUAUAACACUAAUCGAGUCUACUCAUCUGCGGAAAAGGCAGAUAGCCCAAAUACUGUUGCAGAAGGUACUAUCCCAUCACCGGGAACAGGAGCGAUUAAAGAACGGAAAACCUCUAGCGUUUAGAGUGGGUCUGUCCGGUCCUCCAGGUGCUGGAAAGUCCACGUUUAUUGAAUACUUUGGUAAAAUGCUGACCGGAGAGGGCCAUAAAGUUGCGGUUUUAGCUGUUGACCCUUCCUCAAGCACCAGUGGUGGUUCCCUUCUUGGAGAUAAAACCAGAAUGACCGAGCUGUCUAGAGAUAUGAAUGCUUACAUUAGGCCCUCUCCAACCAGGGGGACCUUGGGAGGAGUCACCCGGACAACUAAUGAAGCCAUUCUACUGUGCGAGAGUGGAGGCUAUGACAUUGUCCUUGUGGAAACUGUAGGAGUGGGGCAGUCAGAAUUUGCAGUGGCGGACAUGGUCGACAUGUUUGUGUUGAUGCUGCCACCAGCAGGGGGCGAUGAGUUGCAGGGCAUAAAACGGGGAAUAGUCGAAAUGGCCGACCUAGUUACUGUAACCAAGGCUGAUGGAGAUCUGCUUAUUCCUGCACGCAAGAUUCAGGCCGAGUAUGUGAGCGCAUUAAAGUUACUUCGCAAGCGAUCCAAGACUUGGAAACCUCAGGUUCUACGUAUUUCUGCUAAGACAGGAGAAGGUAUUGCGGAGCUGUGGAAGAUGAUGGCAGAGUUCCAGAACAACAUGCUUCACAGCGGGGAACUUCUAGCCAGGCGCAGGAAUCAGCAGAAGGUCUGGAUGUGGAGCCUUAUUCAGGAAAACGUUCUCCUGCACUUUAGGAACCAUCCUGCAGUUAAGCACCAGAUACCUCUAAUGGAGGAGCAAGUCCUCGCUGGAGUCUUGUCACCAGGCCAUGCAGCAGACAUGCUACUCAGAGCCUUUUCUAAAAGCAGCUGAAAUAUCAGAUACAUUCUUGUAAAUAAAAUGACCACAUUAAUUAUAAUUGAAUGGCAAAUGAUGAUUACCAGUGCAUUCUGGAAGGCUCAUAAAUCUGAAAAAAAUUCUAAUGAACAUUUUUCAUGUUUUUUUUUUCUAUUAACGCACAAUAACUAACGUAUUUUAAGUUGAAGUAAAUAUAAGGAGAUGAUUACAUAAUGCCUCUUAUUCCAGUUCAAAACAGUUACAGUAAGGCCAGGUCUAGAAGUUGCGUCAAUUUACAGUACAAUGCAUGUGGAUGGGGUUUUUAAAAUCCUAUUUGCAAUUAGUGGAAAAAAUCUGUGGAAAUAUGAGCAUGCUGCAGAUUCAUCACAAGUUUUCAUUUCAGAUUUCAUCCUUUGCAAUGCAUGGGGUGAGAUCCACAAGCAGUCAUGCAAAUUUUGUCACAGACUCUUGACAAAAUCCUAUCCGCAGCAUAAACUAGCCGUUGCACAUUGGCAUGGUCAACAUGAGGGUAGAUCACGCCACUGCUAUAGGGGCCAUGAUGAGAAGGGGUCCGGCACUGAACGCUUCCUGCUUCCCAAUGUAGAGCAUUUUCUAGCAGCUCAAUGCAUACAGAUUUUUACUAAUUCCUUUGAGUUCAAUGGUAGUUGAUUAAAUUCAUAUGCACUGAGCACCCCCAAGUGAUGGCUGCAGCCUGACAAUUAUAUCAAGGGAUACAAGUUAAAAAUUGUGUGGAUGAGAAAUAUUAACAUAUUU